CAGUCAGACGAUGGCCUAUCUCUUCAUCUCAAGAUGCCCCACGCGCCCCUUUUCUCUUCAACUUCUUCCCACCAUCCCCACCCUCUCCCUCUCCCUCUCACAGGCAACUCCUCCCCAUGGCUGCCACAUCUCCGGCUGCUACACUCACCCCGUCUCAGAUUUCUUCGAGCAAAUAUGGUGCGUUCCGCCCUCUGGAAUCGCCGGCUCUGAGAACUAAGAGCCGCGGAAGCGGCGCGAAGGAUGGCCGCGGGAGGGUCAUCUGCCAGGCGACGAGCAUCCCUGCCGACCGGGUGCCGGACAUGAGCAAGCGCCAGCUGAUGAAUCUUCUUCUUCUUGGUGCCAUAUCUCUGCCUACAGCCGGAAUGUUGGUUCCCUACGCCACGUUCUUCGCGCCCCCUGGAUCUGGAGGUGGUAGUAGUGGAACUUUUGCAAAGGACGCCCUUGGAAAUGAUGUCUUAGCUGCUGAGUGGCUGAAGACACAUGGACCUGGUGACAGAACACUUACUCAAGGAUUGAAGGGAGAUCCUACCUACCUUGUGGUGGAGAAUGAUAGGACACUAGCUACAUAUGGCAUCAAUGCUGUUUGCACCCACCUUGGUUGCGUUGUACCAUGGAAUUCAGCUGAGAACAAGUUUAUCUGUCCUUGCCAUGGUUCACAGUACAACAAUCAAGGGAAGGUUGUUCGUGGGCCUGCACCACUGUCUCUUGCGCUUGCGCAUGCUGAUAUUGAUGAUGGCAAAGUAGUUUUUGUGCCUUGGGUUGAAACAGACUUCAGAACUGGUGAGAACCCGUGGUGGGCUUAGAUUCAAAGCUUGAACUUGAUGAAGUGCUAUCAAUUGUAACUCAGUGUCAUCAGCUGGCUCAACUGCUACCUUUUGUACUUUUCUCUGUAUUCUUCUCCAUUCCUGUAACAUAAAUUUGUUGCUGCAACAAUUUUAUUUGGAGAAAGAGUCAUAUAAUGUUUGAAUAUGCUUCUUUAGAA